AUGGACGAACUUUGUGUCGAAGUUGGUCAUGCGAAUGGUGCCUAUUACAAAAAUGGUAUUGAUGUUAAGUACGAGCAAGAUUUUUUCCCACCGUCCAAAAUACCAUUUAAUGAAAACCGUUGUCGUCUACCACCAGAAUCAACCGAUUUAAAAAAACUUCAACCGGGAGAUCCGUGUGAAGUUUUAUCAAAAGCCAAGGAAGAUGAACCACUUGGCUGGUGGCCUGCUACUGCCAAAAUGUUUAAAGGUGAUUUUUUUGUUGUCGAUUAUAAAGUUAGUGCUCAAGGAGCAAGUUAUUCGGAUAUUGUGCCCAGUGAUAAAAUACGUUGUCCAAACACGAAUCCGAUGAUAACAUCUUCAACGUUCAAAAAAUUAGACUUACCAGUUCCGAAAGAGAGUCAAGAAGCUUCAACCAAUCAAAACAAUCAUAAAGACUUUAAACGAACGACGGGUGCUGCUGUUGUACGUUAUGAUCGAGAAAGUGAAACCCUAUUAAUCAUUUCUGACAAAGAAAAUGUUAUACGUCAUGCACAAAUAUUGAGUGACAUGCAUUUUAGAAAUCUUCGUCAAAAAGCUAAACUUGUUUCAGAUACAGAAAAAGUCACUAAACAGUUAGAGCGUAUAAUGGUGAAUCAAACAUCGAAAUUUACCGAAAAAUUUACGGUUAAAACAGACUUGAUGGGUUUAGCAAUCGGCACUCAUGGUUCAAAUAUUCAAAAAGCACGAGAAAUAGAGGGGAUAACAGGUGUGGAAGUCGAAGACGAUACAUGUACAUUUAAAGUAUUUGGGGAUACCGAUCAAGCUGUCAAACAGGCAAGAAGUGUUCUUGAAUAUGUUGAAGAUACUGUAUUUAUACCUCGAGAUCUUAUUGGCAAAGUAAUUGGGAAGAAAGGACAUAUUAUUCAAGAAAUUGUCGAUAAAAGUGGAGUUGUUCGAGUUAAAAUUGAAGGUGACAAUGAACAAACAACCCCACGCGACGAUGUAACUUAUCCUAGUCAGGUGCCAUUCGUAUUUGUUGGUACUGUUGAUAAUAUAGCCAAUGCUAAAGUAUUACUUGAUUACCACAUUGCUAGUCUAAAAGAAUUUGAUGAACUCCAAGAAAAACGAAUUCAAGUUUCUGAACAGUAUCGUACAAUUACUGGUACUGUUCAAGGAGGAACGGGUUUUCAAAGUAUGGGAGGAUCAGGAAAUAAUAUGAGCCGCGGAGGACGCUAUGAAUCUGAUCGAAUGAGUAAUUCAGGCAGUAUUCGUGGUAAUUAUCGAGAUUAUACGUAUCAACAACAAGGGUUACAGCAACGUGGUAGCAAUAAUUAUCAACAACAACAAGCGCAAUCUCAAAACCGACCAUCUGGACGCGGACGAGGACGUCGAGCAGGCGGUAAUGGUUACAGAGGUGGAACACAAAGUGAUAUCGGAACUGGAGAUGAAGCAAGUGAAUGUGGCGAUUAUAAUGAGGUUAAAUUACAUAGAGAUUGGGCCGCUACAGUUGAGAGUGAAACUGAAUCUGUACAACUAGAUCAAACUGGCUACAAUACAGAUACUAUGAGCAAUAGAACAACAGGUCGAGGAAAUAGUAGAGGAGGUCGACGAAGUUGGAAACGAGGACGACCACCAUUGCCAAUAAGCGAUUCUGGUAGUAAUGGUCGUGGUGGAAGACGACGAAUGAAUGAUAAUGAUUCAACAAUGUUUGAUCAAUCUGAAGACUAUGUUGAGAGUAAUGCAUCAGCUGACGAAUCUUAUGAACAUCAACAACAGUCACAGUCACAAUAUCCCCGUAAUUAUAAUCGUUAUGAUAAUAGUCGACAACGUGGUGGUGCAAAUCGUAGUUAUAAUACGCAAUAUAAUCGCUAUAAUAAUCAUGAAGAAUAUUUUACUAACACAGAGGGAGGCUACGAUGAACAAUAUCAAAGAACAACAAAUGAUUUGUCAAAUCGUUCGGAAUCUAAAAUAACUAACGAACAGCAAAGUAAUAAAAAGAAUGGUUUCGAUGGUAACGAUGUAUCUGCUAAAAAUAAUAAUACCGGCAAUGAUACAUUAAAUGGAAAUAAUUACGAUUCAUCUAAUGCAAAAGGACAACGAAAUACAAGACGUGUGACUACAAAUAAUACCAACAAAUCGGAUGGAACUCAACAAAAAAAUAGUCAACAGCAACAGAAUCUAACAACCACUAGCAACGGUAUUAAAUGA